AUGUCACUGCGACGCUCUUUUCUGGCAAGAAGAAUCAAUCAUCGUUCAUUCACACUUUCAAAAUCCUUCAAAGAAUUCAAAUUCCUAGGAAAUCAAACAGUCGUUAACUGCAAUAUUAAUGACGAUAACGACGAAAAACAGGAAGAAGAAAACGGCGAAAUCAGGCAACAGAACGGCGCCGUUGAAGAAUCGGGUCUGAAUGGGAACCCGGUUUCGUGGGCUAAUAUGCUGCCGGAGGUACUGGGAGAAAUUAUAAAGAGGGUGGAAGAAAGUGAAGACAAAUGGCCGCAGCGUCGAAACGUCGUCGCAUGCGGCUGUGUUUGCAAGCAGUGGAGAGAUGUAACAAAAGACGUGGUGGAGAAGGCCUCUGUUCAUCAAGCUGGCAAUAUCACCUUCCCUCCUUCCUUAAAAAAGCCAGGGCCACGGGACUCUCCACAUCAAUGUCUUGUAAAACGUGACAAGAAGAGCGGGACAUUUUACCUUUAUCUUGCUUUCUCACCUUCAUUUCUGGACAAAGGCAAGUUUCUCUUAGCAGCGCGAAGAUACAGAAACGGUACUCACAUUGAGUACAUUAUAUCAAUUGAUGCCAAUGAUCUCUCUCUACGAAGUAAUUCCUAUGUUGGGAAAUUAAGGUCAGAUUUCCUUGGUACUAAUUUCACAAUCUAUGAUAGCCAACCACCACAUGGUGGAGCUAAGCCGUCGAGCAGCAGAGCUGAUCGACGUUUAGCAAGCAAGCAGAUAAGUCCUCAAGUUCCAGUUGCUAACUUUGAAGUUGGGCAGGUGUCCUAUAAGUUCAAUCUCUUGAAGUCUAGAGGCCCAAGGAGAAUGAUCUGCUCAGUUAAGUGCCCAUCUUCAGAUGGAACAACACCAGUUGACAACUCUCGAGAUGAUUUGAUAAUGAAGAGCCCUGAAUCCUCUGAUCCCGGUUACACCAUUCUGAAAAACAAAGCACCGAGGUGGCAUGAACACUUGGAGUGUUGGUGCUUGAAUUUUCAUGGUCGGGUCACAGUUGCAUCAGUUAAGAAUUUUCAACUGGUUGCAACCAUGGAUCAAAGUCGACCUGGUGUAAAGGGCGAUGAGGAAACAGUGCUCCUCCAAUUUGGGAAGGUAACUGAUGAUACUUUUACGAUGGAUUAUAGGCAGCCUCUUUCAGCUUUUCAGGCAUUCGCUAUCUGCUUAACAAGUUUUGGGACGAAACUGGCUUGUGAGUAA